ACUACUUGGCAUUAAAGACGGCUGGCGGUAGGAGCUGCGGUAACCCGCUUCCAGAAUCUACAGAGCAGUUUGCUGCCAACAUCAAAUUUGGAUCAACUUGGUGAGAGGGGAAAAAGGGGGAAAACCCAGAUUUGCCUAAAUGGUGAAGUCCUGGAUCUGAACCUCGUUCUUCCAGCACUCUUGCCAGUUGUGAGCCUUGUUGGCAUUUUCUCCAGCAAGAAAAACUCAAACUGAAAGCUACCAGACUUGGAGCCUUUAUUUGAACACCAGCCUAAAUAUAUUCAAAGGGUAAUAUUGCAGUAUACAGCAGAGUGGAUACUUCUGUGCGACAUCAUGGCAAAGAAAAACAGCCAAAGGGAUACAUCUGGGGUGGUGUUUGAUACUCGCUCAAAAAUGGUCAUGUCCCAGGGAGGAACAGCCGAGAGGAUGAAGGAGAAGAUCAGCGCUGUCAGGGCAGUGGUCCCCAACAAAAGCAACAAUGAGAUUGUGCUGGUGCUACAGCAUUUUGAGAACUGCGUUGAUAAGGCUGUGCAGGCUUUCUUAGACGGCAGUGCGGUUGAGAUCCUGAAGGAGUGGAAUGUCACCGGAAAAAAGAAGCCCAAGAAGAAAAAGAAGCCCAAGCCUCAGCCAGAGGCCUCGGCUGAGCCCUCUCCACCUGAGGCCACAUCGCCCGAGGAGAGCAAGGAUGAGAUGAACGGCUUUCAUGCCAACGGAUCAGUAAUGGAUGGAGAAUCACUUGAUUCGCUGAGUGAACAGUUGGACUCUGCCUCCCUGGAUGCAGCUGAGCUGGACUCUGAACCUGCUACAUCCGAAACCACCGGUGCAGAAGCAGAAAGUCAAUGUAGCGCUCCAAGUCCUGCUCCCCAGCAGGGAAGGAGGAAUCACCAGGGUCCAAGAGGCAACAAGUCCCGACACAGACCAGGCUCGAACUCACAUCCCCCCACUUCCUUGUUAGCAGCCACCAAUGAUGAGCAUGGAUCACCAGGAGUAAAGAAGAUAGCUUCAAACAUUGACCGCUCUGUGAAGGACCUGCAGAGAUGCACCGCCUCGCUGACUCGCUACAGGAUGGUGGUCAAGGAAGAGAUGGACUCAUCAAUCAAGAGGAUGAAGCUGACGUUUGCUGAGCUCCAGAGCUGUUUAAUGGACAGAGAAGUGACUCUACUGGCAGAGAUGGACAAAGUGAAAGCUGAAGCAAUGGUGAUUUUGGACUCCCGGCAGAAGAGAGCGGAGGAGCUCAAGCGGCUGACGGAUCGGUCGGCCUCCAUGUCGGAGGAGCAGCUGACUGAACUGCGUGCAGACAUCAAGCACUUUGUGAGUGAACGUAAAUACGAUGAGGACCUUGGUAAAGCUGUGAGAUUUACUUUUGAUCUGGACCCACUGAAGACGAGCAUCUUGGGCUUUGGAUCAGUUUACCAUCCACGUACAGGCUACUCAAAUCGAUCCCGCUGCAGCUCCACGUCAUCUUCUGUCGCCAGCCCCAGCCUGCUGGAGACCCCUCCCCCCACCCAGAUGCAAAGCCCCUCCACUGAAACCCGCCCUCCGCCAACCAAACAGAUUUUCCAAGGAAACAGGCGCACCUUCCAGGGACAAGGGUAUCACUCGGGGGGGCAGCGGUAUAACGGCGGUUCCUACCAUGACCGGAACGUUGGCCGGGCUAAUCACCGCUAUCAGGGCGACGGCGGCUCUUCUGGUCCUACGUCGCAGCACUCCAACAGCUCGAGAGGUCCCUCCCACUCCUCCACGUCCUCCCACAACCAAGACCGACCUUCUCACAACGGGCUGCCCCAAAGGCUUCCGCGAACACACUGCCCUUGACAUUGGAAAUCACCUGCUCAAUCAAACCCACCUACUAACCCUUGCACUCCCCUCCUCUCUCCGUACCCUCCCCCAACCCAACACGCUCUCCCCCUCCACUAACUCCUUUCAAUGAAGAAUAGAAUACAAGUUUACAUAUUUCCGUCAGUCGAGCUGUGGCGCCGCCUCUCUACAUUAAUCCAUUCAUCCUUCAAACUUGAAAAGCUCUCACUGUUCUGUAAUCGCUCUUCCUUUCCAUUUCCCCCUCCUGGUUAAGGUAACAGCUUCUAUCUUUAGGCCCCCUUUGAGAGAUCCCAUUGCUAUGCUGUUGUCAGUCUCUGUUAUUAGUUUUUGCAGUUAAACAGUCUGCCAGAGACUGACAUGAUUACUUGCAACAAUUUGUGCACUAUUGAAGAUGAACUCUUAGUACUUUUCUAUUUUUGCUGUGGGUUUGUCAGCUCUCUGAUUUGAUCGUCAGAUCUUUUUUUUUUUUUUUUUCUCCUUGUCUCCCAGAACCAUUUCAAUGCCUUCACCGUGGAAAGUGCUGUGAAAGUGCAAAAGUAGUUCUAGCAUUAACAGGGAUUUCUGUCAUCAGAGAAGUAGACAUGCAAUCAACACUACAGACUGUCGUUAGUCUUUGCAAGGUAAAAAUGAGACAUAUCAAACUGUAAUCCAGAGCUUUUCGUAUGGCUGCUACAAAGAGUAGGGAACUUGUUAACGCUAGGACUUAGAUAUGUUUAAGAGCAACUCUGUAGACACAGAUGUUGCUCUCUUAAAGGAGUAGUUUAGCAUUUGUAAAUACUCUCAUUCCUUCUUUUUGUUGAGAGUUAAAUGGGUACAUAACACCAAACUCAUGCCUGUAAAUAUGAAGCUAGAUCCAGCAGCUGGUUAGCUUAGCUUAGCACAAAGACUUGAAAUGGGGAAAAACUGUUUUGUUUCCUCUCCUAAUGUCACAAAUUGCUUCUGUAAAUCUCACUAAUUAACACAUUCUGUUUUAUUUGUUUGUUUUUGUGCAAAAACCAAAGUAUAAAAUCUACAAGUUGUAAUUUUAUGGAGGGUUGGGUGUGAAGGGAAACAAGCUUCGUUGUUACUCGUUUCCAGCCUUGAUGCUAAGCUAGUCAGCUGCUGCCUAUAUCUUCAUAUUUACCAAACACAUGGGAGUGGCGUCCAUGUUCUCAUCUAACUCUGCAAGAAAGUGAAUAAGCGCUUUUUCCGAAAUGUCAAACUAUUCCUUUUUAUUAUUGCCUAAGGCAGUGAUGUAUCACCCUCCCACUGGCCGACGGGGUUGUCAUGUGUGCUGAUGUUCUCGGCUUGCUGUCCGUUAUUUUAUAACUAAGAGAGGGCUCAUUACCUUUUGUAGAAUAAUGUUAAAAAGCUCAACAAAGAAACUCCUUUGUUGUGCACAUGUUUCGUAGUUCUGAACAUUUACUCAGCUGGAUUUUCUUCCACACGUGCAGUUUCUUCUUUGUGUUUUGUUAUAUGCACACAAAUGGCAUCUUAAUGUCGUGCUUGCCUUUAGUCACAGACUUCACAUUUGCCUUUCUAGAAACAUGGAUGUCUGCAUCAUGACGGCUUUCUAAAUAGAUGGUACUUGUAGAGCAGACGUGCGAUUUAUAAAUAUGUGAGAAAAUAAGGUGCAAGAUCUUUUCUUUCCCUUUUUAUAUCCCCACUUUAUCCAUCUGUGGAAGUAAAACUGAUCAAAUUGAUGAAUGCAUUGGAGGGUUGUAUUGAUUUCACCGAUCUGGUUUUCCUGUGGCUGCCAAGCAGUUGCUGCAAGGCUGUUGUUGGGGUUCAAAUUCAUCCUAGUGUCAGUUUGUGAACAAAAAGCUGAUGAAUACCUCAUUGCUGAUCCUUUGACAUGGCCUGCUUUGGGCCGUUUUCUCGCUGUGGGCUCUUAUUAAGGGACUGGGACCCCUGGUGGCUCCUCAGCUCUUUAUCUUCUUGUAGUUAUGUACAUAUGCGGAGCUGCAAGGCUGUGGUGGAAAACUGGUUGUUACAUUAUUGCUGCAUCUUCUUCAUAAUGUGUUGUCUUCCUUUGAGCAGAGUUUUUGAAAAAAAAAAAAAGGAAAAAAAAAAAGAAUUUAAAUGUUUUCUUUCCCCAGUUUUUGAUUCUUCACGAGUUUUCUCAUCAUAGGGAGAUUUUUUUUUUUAUUAUUUGCGCUAAAAGAUUAGGGAAUAUUGCGGAGAAAAGAGUGCAAAGAAUGCUGCUUGGCUUUCUUGUUCAAUGUUAGUAUAAAGCUUAGCAGCCAGUAGAAACAGGUGGCCCCAUUUAGGGCUCUUUCCUCCAACAUGUAGACAAUGGUCCAGGAUGGUUCCACAGAAAUGCUCUGAGGUGACAGCUUUUAGCACAGUUGGGGCUAAAGGAAUAGUGUGAAAACACUUCUGAUAAAGUACAGGAGGGGUGAUCAAAAAAUUCCAAGACUGCGCCUAUAGAAAUUGAACUGUAGCACACUUAAAUUUGGCUGUCGUCAACAUUGAGGCUACAGUGUGCAGCGAUCCAACACUUACAACUCUCCCUGGAAGUUCCUUCUGUAAACAUGUCGGCAUCAUCUGUGCUGGGUGCUGAGAAUAUAACGAUCUGUGACCCUUCUACUUAAAUUUCAGUUUGGAGAAGAUGAAGACGUCGCAGGGCGACAAAACUAGUGAGUAGGGCAAUUGGGAAGCAACAAUUGUGUUGUUGAAGCCAAUAAACCUGUGUGUAAUUACUGGAGACACUGCAGAUCAUUGCUCUCUCAGUCACCUCAGGAUGUUACAGUAGAACUCUGCCUUGAGAGUGUGACUCUGGUGGAAUAAUUCUUCAUGCGCAACCAUGUGAAUGUUGAAGAAAACCAUGACCAUGCUCUUGGUCUUGAAUCUUCUCUGGUUUUGGAAACCCCUAACCCUUUUCCACUGUGAAACCUUCUGCUUCUUCUCUUGGUGUUGGCUGCAGACCAGCCUCUCAUCUCCAGUGAUGAUCCUCAACAUGAAAGCUGCAUCAUUCUGCUGACUGACUUAGAAUUUGAUGUUCUCUUCUCUGCUCUAGUUUCCACCAGUGGUCACAAAAACAUGAAACAUGGGUCCCCGCUUUUGAUGAUGCAGUUUCAUUUGGUCUCCUGACAGUUGCUGCUCGUUCAGGUUGCACACGUGUGACCACGACAUGCUUCAUGCACCACAAACAGUCCCAGAACUUUUUGAUCACCUCUCGUAAAACUCACCUCUGCGUGGUUUGUCAAAGUGUGUUUUUGAUUGUGGAACUGGCUCAUUGUCACCCCUUGACCGAUGGGAAGAAAAAAAGAAACACUGGUCACAGCUGUGGUUGUGUUGCACCAGUAGCACAGUGAGUGUUUUCAGCCUUCUGGCAUCAGGAGGCAGCAAUGAGCCACUCGUUUGUUUUAAAAAAAAAAAAAAAAAAGAACUACUCACAGCUGCUUCCCUGAGCUUUUCUGUUGCACCGUCCUCACCGGUGCUAAGGAACUGCUGUUUUCUGUCCAAAUGUAACAAAAUCCUUCUACCAGCACCUCUAGAGCUCAUUAAUCAUCACAUAAUACCUCCUGUGUAUACUGUGUACAAUAACCAAAGUGUGAAAACAUUAGUUUGCUGUUUGAAGGAGGUCAACCACAAGCAGGAACUUGAAAUCUCCUCUGUUUGCCUGGCCAAACGCCUCUGAUAGUUAGUAGUGCCGUACAUAGCACCCCAUAUAAGGGUGAAUUGUCAUUUUUACACUUUAUACAUGACAUAAAGAUUUGAUGUGUCGAUUAGUGAACAUCUGAGGUGCUGGUAGGUGGCUUUUGUUGCAGUCAGACUCGCUCAAACUAAGCACAGCUUGACAAGGCAGCAACUUGGUGUAUUUUACAGUGUUUCCUCGUAUGUGUUUGCAGAGGUGGCAGGUAGGCUCCACUAUUACAAAGAGCUUUAUAGACUGAAGUUGUACCAAGUUCUACAACUUUCCUCCAACAGUUGUCCUCUGCGUACGGACGGUGAGCUGCAGUUAUGAACUGAUAAAGCGGUAGGACAGGUGACAAACUGUUCAGCCUUUAUUCCAACACAUCGCUUCUGUUCGACGUGCUGAAUUCAGACAGUGAUUUUCUCAUCGGCAAUGCUGUCCGUCUCUCUUUAGCCACGUCUUCUUUAGUUUUACAUUCCAAAUUGUAGGGAUAUUAGUUUAUCGCCAAAGAAAUAAUCUCGUCCUGUUUAAAACUGCUGCCCCCCCCCCCUUUUUUUUUUUCCCCCUUUCCUUGGCCUGUAAAGAAUUCCAAAGGGGAUAAAUCCAACAGUUCACUUUUUCUUCUUCUUUCUAUCCCACUUUAUUGCCGAUUCCUUACUGUAUAUACAUAUAUGUAGCUAUAUAAUUUUGUGCUCACAUGGGGCAUUUUGUAUGUGAUAUUCAUAGUAGGCAUAAUGGAGGUUAAAACACCUAGUUCAUUCAUUUUUUUCCAGUAGACCUUGUGUCCUUCAAAACUUUUCUGAGACAACUGUAAACUCAAGUGCCUUUUCUUGUCUCCCACCGAUUCAUCGACACCCCCUCCACCAGAGUAUGGACCAAAGACAUCGACCGUCCCUGACUGCCCAGCCCUCUCUUUCUCCCUCUCACUGAAUGGCACACUUUUCAUUUACAACAAAUAAACCGUUUGCAAUACCGA